AUGAUGUCCAUCGCGGAUUGUGCGCGCUUAGGUAUGAAGAAGCAAGCUCGUGAGCUUUGGGCUCACGCAGAAACAGGACUGGUUUUGCCGGGGGAUGGUGGGUACGAGCUUCGGCUGUACAGCAUGCUCAACAAGGCGGCAGUUCCGGUUUUCUUCAACCACAGGGGCGUCUCCUUCCCCAAGCUGCCCUUUACCGCCCUUUUGCCGUGGAGCAAGUUUGCCAUCUUCUGGGAUUCGGGUCAGAGCCGGCGAGUGCUAGGCGAAGCCAACGAUGGUGCUCACUUGCUGAGACAUGUGGACAAAGUGGGCGCCGCUUACCAACUGCUGCUGCAGUUGGCCCUGAUGGAUCCACAGGUCAUUGAAAAGAAGCGUCGCAAACUGCUGCGAUAUGCUCCGAGCCUGUCCUGGGAGACCCCGCGAUGUCCGGGCACCUUGCGGAAGUCAGCCUUGGACCAUUUGGGUGCUGAGCUCGCGCAUCGACUGACAAGGUUUUUGCAGACCAGCAGUGGGCUGAUCCACUGGCUGGACUGGUAUUGGAAAGUCGCCGACGACCAUCUAGAAAACAGCCAAAGCGAGGAUCUUACUGGCACCGGUUGCCCUUUGGGCUAUCCAAUUUGCCAAAGGCACGAAGGUGGGAACAUCUGCGUAUCAACCUGGAGGGGGACGCCAUUUGCUUGCCCCAUUGGCUGUGAGGUUUCGGAGGUGCCUCCGCUGUGCCAAACACCAACAGGCGCUGCGUGCAAUUUGCCGGCCCACCCACGACACCCGUGCGGUGAAUAUCCUCACCAGAACCAUCCAGCGGAGGUGCCAUAUCCAGACCAUAUUGUCCGCCGUCCACGGGUCGCCCUCAUUACUUGGUCAGACCGGCCGCAGGUGUCCCGAAUGACGCUGCCUGCCCUUGAGCGCUUCUGUGAAGAGCACCCUGGCCGGUAUGAGCUCAUCGUUGAACAGGCCCCAAUUCUAGACUCGUCCACAUUUGUGGCAGCCUGGAACAAGAUCGCAUUCAUGCGCCGUGUGCUUCUCACAAGGCUCCAUGACGCCGUUCUUUGGAUCGAUGACGACGUCUUGAUCACCGCGCCGACGCGGGAUCCCAUCUUCGAAGGGCUCAAGAAGAGCAUACUCCGCCUGCAUUCGGACCACUUCAUCUAUGCAUCCAAGGAUGUCAGGCACGACGAACGUGUUCCAAUGAAUACGGGCAUAUUGGGCUUGCGCAAUGGUCGCCAGGCAUUGAAAUUUCUUGAGGAGAUGUUUCGCAUUGCCAGGGAGGUGGUUGUGUUGGACGAGCAGGCCUUUGUUCCACGAUAUGAAGGCUGGUGGGAUCAGGAUGCAGCUGCUGAAUGGGUGAGGAGGCAUGGCCUAAAAUGGGCUUAUUUGGAGGAGCACAGGACAAUUCAGUCCUUGGUGCGAGACUGGGAGACCAUGAAAUGGCAGCCAGGCGACUUCGCCGCGCACUUCAGCGGCAUUCGCAACGAGGCAGUGCGGAUGAAGCUGAUGCAGCAAUUCCAGCACCGGCAGGUGCUGGAGGUGAAGGGCGGGUGGUAG